AUGCUUUGCCACCUUUUUCGGCUCAUACUCGUCGGUGUUGCCCUAUCCCACGUCGGUGUUGUCCUAUCCCACGUCGGUGUUGCCCUAUCCCGCGAGCCCACUGGUUCAUAUACCGCGACCAGGACUGAACCUGGUUAUCUGAAUUUGACGUAUACAUUCCCAUCCUAUAGACUUAAAGUGUUCAUUGAGUUCUCCUGUGCGUCGGGCAUGACACCUAUUAGGGGGAUCUUCCCUCUCAUUAAGGAAUCCGAUGUGCUCUACAAAAUAGGUUUCACGGAUCCUGAGAACGGGUUCAUAACUCCUGAAUGUCUCGCCUUCAUAACGAGCUUUAGGAGCGCAUGCCCGGCGUAUAAGGCUCUCAAGCAUGGGGAUUUCUAUGAUAUACAAUAUGAUGUUAAGCACGACCGCCCUACUGUUCGGGUCCACGGUAUCGCGUUUGAGCUCGUACACAAGGAAGCUCCUCAUUAG